AUGUCGAGUGCAGUGUUUGCAAUCAAGCAUAAUCAUCCCUCCCUUGACCACGCCCUGGACCCUGGGGGGACGGUGAAGCUGGGGGGGCCCGACACGGAGCUGCAGAAGAUGCUGAUCGAUGAGCGAAGGAGAUGUGAGAACCACAAAAUCAACUACCAGACUCUCAAGGCUGAACAUACCAGGCUGCAGGAUGAGUUUACCCGGGGGCAGGGAGAGCUGAAGCGUCUCCUCAGUGACAAGCAAACCGCCCAGGAGAAACUGCAGCUGCUGCUGGCUGAACUCCGAGGAGAGAUGCUGGACAAGACCAGGGAGCUGGAGGAGCUACGACUACAGGUGCUGACUCCCCAGCGGUUGGAGCUGUUGAGGGCCCAGGUGCAGCAGGAGAUGGAGGGGCCUGUCAGAGAGCGCUUCAACAAACUGGAGGAGGAGACUGAGAAGUACAGGUCUGAGUAUAACAAGCUGCGGUACGACUACACCUUCCUGAAGUCUGAGUUUGACCACCAGAGAGAGGAGAAGAAGAUCCGCUUUGAUGCUGAGGUAUCACGGCUGGAAAGGGACAGAGAGGAGCUGAUGGCCCAGUAUCAGGGCACAGACCCGUCUAGAGACGGUAAACGCGUUGAGUCUCUGCUGAGAGAGAAGGCCCAGCUCCACCUGCGUCUGAAGGGCCUGGAGGCUGAGGUGGCUGAGCUCCGGGCCCAGAGGGACAACUCUGGCCAGCAAGCCGAGAACGUUCAGCGCAUCCAGAUCCGCCAGUUCGCAGAAUCCCAGGCUGCAGCCAAGUCACUGGAGGCAGAAAGGCAGUCACUGCGCCUGCAGUUGGAGCGUCUGGGGAGCGAGUUGCAGCUGAGUCAUGACCAGAACACCCAGCUGACCGGCAGACUACACAAGGCUGAGAGAGAGGUCAACACUCUCACCAGCCAGGUGGAGGGCGUGAGGCACUCUCACAAGCUGGAGGUGGCCAAUGUGAAGCUGGAGUGUGCCAGGUCUAGAGGAGAAGUGGAGAGGGAGAGAGACACACUACAGGGCCAAAUGGAAGGUAUGCAGUCUGAUGUGGAGGUGUUGAAGGGGACGGUGGAGAGACAGAAGGAGGUGCUGGCUGAGAGGGAGAGGGAACUCGUACGGAGGGUGCAGGCCGCUCGCGAGGAGGAGUUUCACAAAACAGCCACCGUGCACGAGGAGAAGUCGGUACUGGAUGAUCGUCUGGCUGAGCUGGAGCAGCAGAGGGCGCUACAGGAUGCUGCUGGCCACACCCAGAAAGAGGAGCGUCAGAGCCACGCUGGUGUCAAGGAAGAGGAGCAGCACCGGAGAGAGUUAUCACUGCUGUGUUGGAGGCUGGAGGAGUUAGCCUGUACUCAGCAGCAGCAGAUGGAGGAACUGGGGCCUCCCAUGGACAGGAACAGGGGCUCUGGCCUGCACGACUCUCUCCCUGAACUCUGA